AUGGAGCGGGUCAGAAAGACUUACUUCAGCCCUCUGGCGACCUCAAAGGCGCAGAUUCAGGAGAUCCUCCAGGAACUCCCCGUCGGUUCUGCCCACCCUUUCAGCCCUGAGCGUACUCUGCUGUGUCGUACCAACGAUGGAGUUGACGAGAUUGAUAUCUCUUCCUACCCGGAAGAUUUCUUCUUUAAUGCCGUGGAUUUGGGUGAGAUGGGAGAGAUCCUGUUGAGGCGAAUGGCUGGCUUCCGGAACCACCUGGCCGUGUUUGAAGAUUUCCAAAUCAUGCAAGCGCCCGAUACGACUUUCAAGAUCCCCAUCGUCUCAGGCCAAAUCACCAUCCUGGCCGUCUCUGAGAGAACACCAACCUACUAUGAUUUCUGCUUUGCGGAUGCGUCAUGCAACACGUGUUGUUGGACUGCUCGGAACACCUUCUCAGGCAUCAGCCACAGUGGUGAUAUCCUGAACGGGCAGGAUCUCUUGGACUAUGUCAAGAUCGAUGCUCCGUCCCUGACAGAGAAGGAAAUCUGCGUGUUCAUCUCUGGCUACCAGUCUACCAAAAUCACGCGAUUUCUAGGGACCAGCCCUGCAUUAAUGGUUGCUGACCAUGUGGACAAGAUUCUAUACAUUAUUCCAGUGCCCUUGGAUGCGGCCACCAUUGGAGAUGCAACAAUUUGUUGCCCAUUGGUAAUCAAGCGUGACGAAGAAUCGUUGAUAUGCUCCAUUUUGCCAAAGGCAACCACAGAUGUGGACAUGAUGUGCUCUACUAGUAGACUAGAAAGCCCGUCCUUCCUGGAAGCGAUACAGAGUGCCGAGUUCACCAUCACUCCUCCUCGAGUAAAUGCCCCGAAACUGCUGGACAAUGACACAGAGAUGCCAGAAGCCAAUUCAACGGGAGAAGAUCUAUCCAAUAUCACCGCCAAGAGAAGUGCGUUGCUUGUCACAAACGCCGUGACUGUGCCCUCCUUCAUCAAUACGGAAGAGACACAGAUCAUCCGGUUUGGCACAAAUCUUGAAUUCAAGCUCCCGAAUCAGGAGCUGCACACGGAAACGCAGCCGUCUAAUGUUGUUUUGCCCUGCAUAUUUGGCUCGCAGCUUGAAGGCCCGGUACUUCUGGCCACUGGAGGAGUCCCUGCUAACGUCCCGUUUGGUGAUGAGGCCGCCUUGAGAAAUUAUUACGGGGAUUUAGACAACAUCAUCGUCAUCGUCGACGACAGGAUGACAGAUAAUGCCCGUAACAUUGCCGGCUCGUAUCGGCUGAACGCGCUAUUCAUCGUGCAGCUCACGCCGGACAAUGAGCCCAAGAAUUCCGAUGAGGUCUUGUCUUUAUUGGACUCGGCGAACAUCAAUGCCGUGACGGCACUUUCAGGCCCGCAGUCGCUGGUUCUUGUGCAAAUCUUUGACAAGUAUUAUUUCUACAGGGGUAUUGCCAACAGUUCGAUCCUGAAUACGACCAAGUUGGCAUUUGGCUCUGAUAUGACUUCUAUCGUCGAGUUUGCAGGUAUGGGAGCCAUGACUGACCCGAGAGCGAAGCGGAUAAUCAGCCUUGCUGAUGAGAACACAAUCAUUCUUCCCACCUUGAAUCACUUGGUCAAGCCGCAAGAGCUCAAGAAUCUAUUUGCCGAGCUUCCAAUCGAGAAGCUGAAUGAUAUGGAAGAGGACAUCUCCGCCGCGAUCCCACAGUUACAGGCACUGCUGAACCAGAAAGAGCUGCAGGAUCUCUCUCAGUCACUGGUGGCCUCACUCUCCACAAAGGUUAGCAACGCCGUCGCCCCGUUGAGAGAUGCCUACAUCCGCUUCUUCAAGAACGAAUACCAAGCCUCGGACCCGGAAUCCGUGAAGAAGAAGAACGAACUUCUUGGAGACCUCCGAAGAACCGCUAAGCGUAUACAAAAGGCCCUUGAGCCAAUCAUUUCAAGCUUCGCCAACAUGAUGUCGUCCCAGACAACAUCGAAGCGAACCCAUGACCUGAAGCGGCUUGUUCGCCAGGCUCAAAUUAGUAGCAACGUUGAGGCUGCCAAGUCGAUGACUUAUGAGACUCUGGCAGGAUAUCUCGAGGAACACGCCAUGGACAUGGGUGUCAUGCUCCUGAAUAUCGAGACUGAUUCGUAUUGUCGUCUGCUGGGCAACUUGGAUUCGGUUGCUGUUGAUGCUAGCUCGUGUUGUAACCUUGACUCAAGAGUUCUCCACUUGGAGGGAUUCGACGCAGGAAUCAUCCUUGAGCAAUCGCAGAGCGACCACAGCGGUCCUCUUCAAAGCCAGGCUGGACCACUUCACCCUAUCCUGGCUGUGCCAUAUCUAGGCCAGGACAAAGGCGUUGGCUCCAUGCUGGCUUGGGUCUGUUGGGAUGAGUUCGUCAACCUGGAGAGCCCGUAUGGUGUCAGGUGGAUGGAGAAGUGCAACGAAACACACAUCGCCGCAUUGAGGAUCAUGGUGAGAGACACUCUCAGCAAUGCUGUGGCGUCAAGGGAGCACAAUCUUCAAGCCGGGGCCCCGGAAAUCGGCCACUUGAUGGGCGCGCUGCUCAUGGCCGCCAUGUCCAAACUCGCGGCGAUGAGGACGACUGCCCCCGUGGUAGUAAAGCAGGCCGAGGACACCGUGACGAAAUUGAUGCGCGGACUAUUUGGUAACUUGCUGACCAUCGCCGGAUCAGGGGUACGUCCUCUGAGCAUGGUCUGGCAGCUGUUUGGCCAGAAUCCCAAGUAUGACCUCCCGACGACUAACGCGGACUGGGUAUGGUAUGAGACUGUUGUCGACCUAUACCCCUACACCGGCUGGCGACGAGAGUGGUUCUACGAAAGUUUGGAGAGGUUCCUUGACAAGGCCAUUUUGCGGGUGGUUACCAAGGGGGAGAACGUGAAAGAGAUCAAGGGGGGCCGCGUGGCGGAGAUGAUCAAAUACUGCAAGCUCCGGAAUAUUGAGCUCGAGCACUGCCGCAGCAUCAUUACCGUCCUCAUGCGAAUGCUCACAGAGGAGAACGUGGACCUGGCGGCUGUUGCUACUCGUCUCUUGGCCAACCUCCCACACUCGGUGGAGAGGCAGAGUAAGAGUUACACCAGAAUGAUCAAGUAUCUGAAGCAUCUCUCUGAGGGAGGUGAGAGGGUUUCAAAUGAUGACCUGGCUGCUGCCAACAUCUACAACAGGCGCUCGGCUGUCUUUGGCGAGCUAAAGGGCCGCGUAGCAGCGGCGUGCAGAAGCAAUGACUGGGCCGAAUUGAAGGAAGCCUGUCAGCUUUUGGUUGAAAAGCACGGUGAGAUCGCUACUCUGUGGCAAGUCAAGCCUCAGUUGCUGCUGGUACAGAACAUCAAGCCGUACAAAGAGCUGCUGGAAGCUGAGUUUGGAGAAGACAUUACUCAAGGAGAGGAGGCUUCCAACUAUGAGUUGACAAGAAAGGUGCUCAGUGACGCCGAGAUUAAUCGCGUUCCCUGGCAGGUCGGGAAAGAAGGCCAGUUUGGCGACAAAAUUGAGCCUCUCGAUGAAGUCUUUGUCCGCGAGAUGUUGACAGGAAAGAGGUUGAACGAGCUUGAAGCCACCGAAACGGCCGAGGAAACCAUACUCGCGGUGACGACAAAUGAUGUGUCUCUGCAGAGUACGGAGGAGCAGUUCUCAAAUUACAAGUCGUCGCUGCAGGCUAGCUUCAUCAACACUAUGCAGAAGGACUUGUCGGCUGAAGAUGUCUGCAAUAUUCUCAGGAUUCCUGUUCGGACUAUGAAGAUAUUCAUCAAAGCCCUCAAUCCUGAAUUUGAAUGGGAGGAUUUGCCGCAGAACUUCAAAGUCGUCAUCUUGAGUUUAGUGAAGAACCGAUCUUCAAGAGAUGGAAGUGAGCCGGUGAAGAGACUAUUGAACAUGGUGCGCGAACGGAAGCAAUUGGAGAUUGAAGGUUGA